ACUCGUCGUCGUCGCCGUCGCAAGAUAGCUCGUUCUUGUAGUGUUCGUCGGAGUGGUCGUGAUGACCGGCGCCGGCGUCGAGACAUGCUGCGGCGGCGGCGGGCAGGCGGCGGCGGCGUCGGCGUCCGGCCCGCCGCCGCGCGGGUUGAUCGUUGUGUCGGCCGUGUUCCUGUCCAUCUUCCUCGCCACGUUCCUCACCCUCAUGUCGCUCGCCUUCUGCUGCUGCCGGAGAUGGAGGGAGCGCGACGCGGUCUCCGGCUACGUCGACGGCGAGGGCGCGGUCGUCGUCGUCGCUGCUGGCGAAAGCGGCGGCGGCGAGCCGUUCCCUGUGGAGGCCCUCCCCCCGGCCUACGCUUAUGUAGUUGGAAGCUCCGACGACGGUGGCGCGACGGCGGCGAGCGGCGUCGGGCGGGAGUGCGCGGUGUGCCUGGGCGCGGUGCGGGAGGGGGAGAUGGUGCGGCGGCUGCCGGCGUGCGAGCACGUGUACCACGCCGACUGCAUCGACCGGUGGCUCGCCGCUCACCGGACGUGCCCGCUGUGCCGGCGAGAGCUUGACCCGGGCAAGCUGGCGGCCGGAGCACCGCCGGCGCCUGCACAGCAACAAGUUGAUCCAACUGAUCAGUUGCCGGUUUAAUCGGAAAUAUCACACAAAGAAGCUGGCAAAGAAAGAGAGAAAUUUGGUGAUGUGAUUUGAUCAACGAAUUUUGGUACACAGACACAAGCGGUCAGAUUUCUGGCGUGUCUUGCAUAACCAGAGGAUAAAAUUUAAUUCAUUUAACUCGGUAAGUGUGGUCUAUUGUACCAAUUCAAGAACACGAAUUAGUAAGUGACAGUUGUAUUAUGUAUGUUUACUCAGGGAUAUGUAGGAUUUGUAUGUGAUGAAACGUUUCAAGCUGGAUGCCGAAUCAUAAAGGGGAGUUAGCAUAGAUUUUGUUCAAUUCUUUACAUGCUAUAGGAUUAAGAAGGCCACAAGCAAGAUUUUGUGGCUAUAUUUAACUUUUCUCUUCUAUCUAUAGAAAUCAAAUUGUAUUUGGUAUACAAUUAGUGAAUAAAUGCUAUACACGUUACAAUCUCAAUUGUACGGAAGAAAAACAUAGUGACUCCUUCUGUCUUAAAUUUAUUUUAAGUGUACCAGCGGAUAUCACAAAAUAAUACUCUUAAAAUUAGAUAUAUAACAAAACAUAAAUAUUUGGCGUUUAUAUAACGAAAUU